AUGCCUCCAAUAGUGACAAAUCUCACAGUUGUGACAGAAUUUAUCCUCAUGGGAUUUUCUACCAAUGAAAAUAUACACAUUUUGCAGUUAGUGUUCUUCUUUUUGAUUUAUUUUUGUGCUCUGAUGGGGAAUGUCCUCAUUAUUAUAGUCACAACUUUGGACCGGAAUCUCCACACCCCCAUGUACUACUUCUUGAAUAAUUUAUCCUUUUGGGAUCUCUGCCUAAUUUCAAUCACUAUUCCCAAAUCCAUUGCCAACUCUUUGUCUCACAAUAACUCCAUCUCAUUCAUUGGCUGUGUUGCACAGGUCUUUCUGGUAGUUUUUUCAGCAACCACAGAACUGCAUCUCCUGACAGCAAUGUGCUUUGACCGCUGUGCUGCCAUAUGCCAUCCCCUGCACUAUGAAAUUAUCAUGAACAAAGACGUGUGUGUUCACUUGACAGUUGCAUCUUGGCUGGGUGGGGGUUUGAUUGCUUUGAUGCACACAGUUGGUACCUUCUCCUUAUCCUACUGUGGAUCUAACAUAGUCCAUCAGUUAUUUUGUGACAUCCCCCAAUUAUUGGCUAUAUCUUGCUCAGAAAAUUUAACAAGAGAAAUUGUACCUAUUAUCAUUAGUGUGGUUUUGGACAUCUGUUGUUUUAUUUACAUCAUUAUUUCCUAUGUGAACAUCUUUUCCACUGUCAAGAAGAUUCCAUCAACAGGUCAGUCAAAAGCCUACUGCACUUGCCUUCCACAUCUGGUGGUAGUUAUAUUAUUUCUCUUCACUGGCAUCUUUGCUUAUCUGAAGCCAAUUUCAGGGAUUCCUUCUAUUUCUGACCUUUUAAUUUCUAUGUUCUACACUAUGGUGCCCCCAACCGUUAAUCCUAUUAUAUACAGUCUAAGAAAUAAUGCCAUGAAAAUGUCAUUGCGGAGGUUGCUAAAAAUAAUAUUCACCAAAAAUUAA